CACAAAAAAUAAAUUCUAAUUGUCAAAAUAAAAAAAAAAUGCAAAAGUUUCAUACAAUUUUUCUAUGUGUACUUAUGAAAGAAUAAAAACACUUCUAUAAACACAUAAAUUAAACUUCAAAACCAGCACCAGUUUCAAGUCGGCUGCAUUAGUUAAACGUACUUCUUGGUAUCAGUGUGGAUUGCGGAAAAUUUAAAAAUAUAUAAAAAAAAUAUUUGUAUAGUGUUAUAGAGAAUACGACAAUAAAGAUGGUACUGAUUUUGAAAAUAAUUUGGCGUGUUAUGGUGGAUCAUUUCAGUAGUAUCGGCAAAGAUCCACGCACAAGUCAUCUGCCUUUGACAAAAAGCUAUUCACAGCUUUUAUUUAUCAUUGGAGUAUAUGUAUUGGUCGUGUUAAAAAUUGGUCCAAUGUUUAUGAGAAAACGUAAGCCGUAUAAUAUUAAAUCGAUUAUACAAGUUUACAAUAUUUUCCAGAUUUUAAUGAAUUUAUAUAUUUAUUAUGGUUUGACGAAACAUUUUGUAUUCAGUCCAAACUACAGUUGGACAUGUAUGAAGUAUGAUCAAACGGAUACAAGCCCUGAUGUUUUGGGUGUAGGCAAAUUUGUGUAUUUAUAUUAUAUAAAUAAAAUAUUGGACUUCUUAGAUACUAUAUUUUUCCUUUUACGAAAAAAGUUUAAUCAGAUAUCGUUUUUGCAUGUAUAUCAUCAUGCCAUUAUGGUAUGGGGUGGUUUUAUUUAUAUUAAUAGAUUUGUGGGGUCACAAUUUACAGUUGUCGGUCAUGUGAACAGUUUAGUACAUGUCCUUAUGUACACGUAUUACUUCCUAUCGGCACUUGAUAUAAAACUGAAUAUGGAUUCGUGGAAACCUUAUAUGACUAAAAUACAAAUUAUACAAUUUUUUUAUUUUGCCAUCAAAUUUUUCGUAACCAUUGUCAGGAACGGUCAAUGCGGCUUGCCCUAUGAAUGGCUGGCGACGCUGUUCAUUCAGAAUCUAUUCAUGACGGCUAUGUUCUCGCAUUUCUAUUGGAAAAACUACAUUUUAAAAGAGAGACAAAGGAAGCUGAAAAAUUAUAAACGUCUUAGUUCUUAUCCAUUUCUUGGGAAACCAUGGCCCGCGCUUGCAGUUAUUGCAGUCUAUCUUUUUACCGUGUUAAAAUGGGGUCCUAAAUUUAUGGCCAAUCGUAAUCCGUACAAAGUUGAUGGUCUAAUGAAAUUUUAUAAUGUUGUACAAAUUGCGUUAAAUGGUUUCAUAUUCUAUGAGGCUUUGAAAUAUUCCUUCUUAAGGGAUGACUUUGUAAUGAGUUGUGAGAAGCAUGAUCCCACUGACACACGUCCAUUGACAAUGAAAUUAGCUAGACCGGCCCUACUAUAUUACUUCUCAAAAUAUUUGGAUUUGUUUGACACGUUCUUCUUUAUAGUGCGUAAAAAAAACAAUCAAAUAACCUUUCUUCAUGUGUAUCAUCACUCUUUAAUGAUUAUGGCCGUUUACAUUUAUUGCACAUUUUUGUUCUCAUCUCAUUUUACCGCAACUGGAGUCCUUAAUAGUUUCAUCCAUGUUUGCAUGUACACAUAUUACCUUCUGGCAGCUUCAAAAUCUAAUAUCAAUUUGGAGCCAUGGAAACGUACGUUGACUAUUAUGCAACUUCUACAAUUUACAAUGUUGGCAGUGCACUUUGGUUUGCCACUACUUAAUAAUUGGUGUAAACUACCAUUUUUCUGGUUGAUGACUGCCUUUUUGCAAAAUGCUUUCAUGAUUGUGCUUUUUUCAAAUUUCUAUUAUAAAACAUAUAUUUUAAAAGACUUAAGAAAGGAAAAAAACAAAGAUCUUUAA